AGUUUGCAUUGGUUCGUCGAGUGUAGUAAACGUGUGAAGAUGGCACGUUCGAGUCUAACAUUUUCGCUGCUUGUGGCCUCGGUUGCCUUAUUUGCUGCUGCUGGGCUGGUGGAUGGCACCCGCUUCCAGGGUACGAUCGAUUGGAGUCGUGUGAGGCCGCUGAACGAAUUUCCUCACAUUGCUGCACGGGUGGAUCAGCUGAAGAAGGUGCAUUUUGAUGAGGGUUUCAAAGCGCCUUCAGCACGCAUUGUUGGUGGAUCGAUUGCAACUGCAGGACAGAUCCCUUACCAGGUUGCCAUCCUCUCGGACCUGGAAGCCGGACAGGCCCUAUGCGGUGGCGUUCUGCUGUCGAACAACUUUGUGCUAACGGCCGGCGUUUGCGUCGAAAAUACGUCCGGUGGUGUGGUCGUGCUCGGAGCGCUCAACCUGCAGAACGAGGCGGAAGCGGGCCAGGUUAGGAUCACCUUCGCGGCCGGUGACGUUCGGCUGCACGAAGAGUUUUUGGCUGUGAUCUUCCGCAACAACAUCGCUGCCAUUCGUCUGUCCGAGCCGGUUAGCUUUAGCGAUCGUAUUCAACCGGUGCGCAUUCCGGCAGCCGCGGACGGCCGUACCUUUGCCGGUGCACUGGCAACGGUCAGCGGGUUCGGGCGGACUUCCGACUCGAGCACAUCCUUCUCCGAUGUGCUGCGGUACGUGCGCAAUCCCAUCAUGACCAAUGCCGACUGUUUCGCUACGGCCUGGGGAGGACUGAUCGAUGGGCAGAAGAUGUGUCUGCACUACAUGGAGGCAAGGGCACCUUGCGAUGGAGACGUUGGUGGCCCCAUGACGGUGGCGGACGGUGGCAGCACGCUGCUGGUCGGUCUGUACUCGUUCGGUUCGGUGCUGGGAUGUGAAAGCGAUUGGCCGGCAGUGUUUGUGCGCAUUACCUUCUACCGGCAGUGGAUCGUGGCUAAUACGGAUGUGACGCAGGCUGGGUUGUAAAGCACGGGCGCAGGAUAAGCAGAGUGUGUUUGCGUGGCGUGAGUCGACCAAGUUACAAAGGUUACCAUGGCAAAACCCAGCAAUGGGCGGUAAAAUCGCUCAUCAUAACACCACCAAUAAAGCUGGAGACACCUGGACAGAAGCACACACACAGGGUCCGAUCAAGGGGACUAUAAACAACAGAACAGUGCGCACACUGAUAAGAUACACGAGGAUGCAAGGAGAUGGAAGAUAUUGAAUAAAGGUGACUUGGUCGAUCGGUCGUAUCUUUACCGCA